AUGACUUCGGCGUCGGGUGCCACGGGGCCUCCACCAAUAGCCCCUCAUGCCCGGCUUUCUAUCGUGCUGGCUUUUGUGCUUACCUCUAUAUCGACUAUAGUCGUAGCUCUAAGGUUUUAUGCUCGACACUUCCAUACUGGAAGGCUCAUGUCGUCUGACUGGGUUAUGCUUUUAGCCAUUAUCGCUACAUGGCUAUCAGUGGUAGUACAUUGCUACAUGAUCCAUUUUCUUGAUUACAGUAACGCCAUAUGGGGCGACUGGGAAACAUUCAGACCGAUAGUAGUCGGCUCCAAUCUGUCAAUAUGGCUAUACCGAAUCAACUUCAUCCUCGAUCUCUGUCUUAUAAAGACAUCGAUACUACUAUUCUACGACCACAUCGCCUCGUCAAAUAAGCGCUUCCAAUAUGCCGUUCGCGGAUUACUCGCCAUCAUAACCUCCGGCGGAAUAUCCCAGAUUAUCGCGUCCAUCCUUAUGUGUACUCCGAUCACGGAUGCCUUCUCAUAUGACGUAUGGUACCGCGCUUUCGUCCUGUACGACUUCAAUGUCAAGUGUUACAACCCGAUUCCAUUUUGGCUCUUCAUCGCGGUUUACAAUCUCACCACAGAUGUAAUCAUCUGGUCGUUACCAAUAAUAUUCUUCCUGAAUAUCCCGACAUUGCCGCUGCGACGCCGUCUCGAAAUGAUCGCCAUCUUCUCCGUUGGUAUCAUAGCCGUUAUAUCUUCCGCCUUUCGACUCCACACUACCAUCCUUUGGCUGUCAGGCAUCACACAACAAGGGCUAAGUACACCAGAUCUUCUGUUGUGGAGUCAGGUAGAACAGAAUGUCGGUAUCAUCGCGGCCUCCGUACCCUUUCUCCGACCACUCUUUCGCAAAGCGCUAGGCAAGGCGAGGAGCAGAGAACAGCCAAGUCCUGGUCCAGGGUUGCCUUUAGUCGGCAACCCGGCCAUAUUCAGGACGCCCAUCAUUCCAUCACCUAGCCCGACAUUCGACAGGUGUAGUCGGGAGUUCAGGCCACCGAGGAGUACGCUCGAACCUAUUGAGCCUAUUAAGAGUACAUCAACUUGGGGUUCGGCGAUCUGGGAUGGGUCGCAGGUGAGGCAGGUGCUUCCUACUUGA